AUGAAGUCCCCUGCGAAGAUCGGAGAGAAUCGGUUCUUAGGAAACAUAUCGACUUCUACAAUCCGAAAUCUGCUUCCCAGAUCCAUCUACCCGAAGCAGAAAUCAAUCCAAAAUUCACAAACUAAGAGUCUCAAAUCAAACGACGAGAACGCUCCUCCUUGCGACCCAAACAUACAGACUCCUCAUCAUCACACCAACAACAACAACGAUCUCCAAUUGAAGAAAAAAUCGCCUCAGAAAGUAUUUCCCUCCGCGACCCCGAUUCUCCCCAAAGAACAAACUCAGGUUCAGAAAUUUGGGCCAAAUACUUACUCUGAAGAUAAAGAGAAUAUUGAUUCGAUUUCUCCACUGAAGUUUGAAACCAGGAGCGUACUCUCCACAAGAAGUAACUCGAUGACUAAUGAGAUUACAGAGGAGGAAGAUGACCAAUUGGGUGACCAGAUUCGUGAACUUAAGGAGGAACUAAUUAGAACAAAGUCUGAUGGGUAUAAACCUGACGGAAGCAAGAGUGGUGGUCACUUCAAGAGGGAGAGCUUGAGUCAGUUGAGAAUGAGCAUCAACAAGUCUUUAGUCAUGUCAUGUGGAGACAAACAAGAUUCAGAUAAAGAAACAAUGGAUCUGAGUGAGGAUCAUGAUGGUGAUGUGAUGGAGCUGAACAAACACGUUGAGAGUUUUCACAGUUAUUCUUCUGAUGUUGAUGACGACUUGAGAGACUCUAUGCAAUCUUCCUUUGCAAGUGCUUCGUGCUGUGAAGCAGAGUCGAUGAGUGGAGAUGAUGAGAUCUGCUCAGAUGAUGUAGAGAGGAUUCACAAAGACUGUGCUUUGGCUGAUUCUGAUUCUAAAAGCACUGCUAAAAAUGGGAUUUCAAUCAGUUUACCGCAUCAGACACGUAUUCUUGAAGAGCCUCCUCUGUCAGAAUCUCCAAAGAUUAGGAACUUCAGGAAGAGCGUGGCUGCAUCAUCAAAGUUUCAGGCGAGUCCUAGGCCUGUAGCUGAAAGCUCCAACAUAGAACAGUUUGGGCCUUCUGUGUCCAAGAAGACUUUGAGUCCAACAGAUUCUUUAGCUGCAAGUCUCCAGAGAGGACUGCAGAUUAUAGACUGUCACCAACGGAGCUCGCUGUCAAACAGAUCUUCUGUUUCCUUCUCGUUUGGGCAUCUGUCUUUGAAGCCUUGUGAUGAAGCUGAGAAUCUUCGUGCUUCGGUUAAGUCGUUACAGGAAGAUAGACCUAAAGAAGGUGGAUCGUCGAUUCUUCUCUGCCUUUCUUGCAGACAGAAACUUGACCAAGAAGCUGAAGGAGGAGGAUAUAAGGCAACAGAAGAAGCUUGCACGGAUGAGAAGCAUCUCAAGAACAUGUGUGUGGAACAGGCUACCAAAAUUGAGCAGCUAACUCGUCUGUUGGACCAAUACAAACAGAACACUGUGCAAGAGCCACAAAAGCUAAUGAAAUCUGAUGAUGGAGAAGAUGAAAUAGAGGUGGUGAAGGAAACAUACGAGACAAACCAACUAGGUGAAGAGUUUGGGAAGAUAAGGAUUGACCAGAGUGAAAAGGAAGCUCUUCUGAAGGAGAUUUCAGAGCUCAAGAGCAAGCUGCUGCCUGCAAAAUCAACAGAUAAUCUGAGAUCAUCUCUGCUCUUAAGGUCCUUCCAAAUGAGGAAAAGCACUGAUCUCACCAAGAACGCUGAGAACAACAACAGCGAUGUUGUCCUAGAGGAAGAACGUGAAAAGUGGACAGAAAUGGAGAGUGAGUGGAUAUCUUUGACAGAUGAUCUAAGAAUGGACAUUGAUAGCCACCGUAGACACGCAGAGGAUCUGGAGAUGGAGCUCAGAAAGGAGAAAAUGGCUACAGAGGAGUUAAACGACGCUCUUGGCAGAGCCAUGCUUGGUCACAGUCGAUUCAUCGAGCAGUACACGGAGCUUCAGGAGAAGUAUGAUGAGUUAGCUGAGACGCACAGUGUGACGAUGGCGGGAAUAGUCGAUGUGAAGAAAGCAGCGGCUAAAGCAGCUGUGAAAGGUCGUCAUGGGAAGCGUUUUGCAAAGGCUUUUUCAGCUGAGCUUACUGCCAUUAGAGCUGAGAAGGAGAAAGAAAGAGAGUUCUUGAAAAAGGAGAACAGGGCACUUAAGAUCCAGCUGAGAGAUACAGCUGAAGCUGUGCAAGCUGCUGGAGAAUUACUUAUCAGACUCCGAGAAGCUGAGCAAUAUGUAGGAUCCUCUGAGGUACGUUUCAGUUUACUUGAAGAGGAGAAUGAGAAGUUGAAGAAUCAAAUGGAGAAGUUGAAGAGUAAGCACAAAACAGAAAUGAGCACAAUGAAGCAGUAUCUUGCGGAAAGCAAAUUGCCAGGGUCUGCAUUGGAGCCGUGGUUCAAGGAGAAUGAGCAAGAGGAAGAACACGGAACCGGUGUGGUUAGCUAUGACGAUUAUGCAGACGAUCAGGCGUGGAGAGCUGAGUUUGGAGCCAUAUACCAAGACCAAGACCGUUACUGA